UGCUGAGAAGGAAGUCAGAAGAGAGGAGCCGUGUGUGGGGAGGUUUGUUAGAACAGACGCCAAAGACCCACUUUCUGAGAGAAAGAAAGAACAUCUGCAAAUAAGAUGCUAUUGUUGCAACUGGUGUUGCUCACGGUUCUUGUCCCAGAUGGUGACAGUGACGAUGACUUCCAGGAGCCGAAAUCCUUCCAAGUCAUCCUGACCUCAUCCUUUUACAACCGUUCCUGGACACAGAAUCAGGGCUCAGCUUGGCUGGGUGAGCUGCAGACUCAUGGCUGGGACAGCAAGACUGGUGCUUUCAUUUACCUGCAGCCUUGGUCCAGGGGCAACUUCAGCAACGAGGCCUUAAUGGAACUGGAAAUGUUCUUCUAUUCAAACUCCAUUGACUUUCUUCAAGUGUUUCAGGACCACGUCAGUCAAUGGCAGCUUGAAUAUCCCUUUCAGGUACAGCUGGCAGGAGGCUGUGAGCUGCAAUUUGGAAUAGUAUCAGCAAGAUUUUUAGAGAUUGCAUAUCAAGGAUCAGGUCUCAUGAGCUUCCAGGACAUGUCAUGGUUUCCAUCUCCAAAGGAAGGAAGGAGGGCUCAGCAAGUCUGCUCACUAUUCAAUCAAUUCUAUGUGGUUAAAGAAGCUAUACACAGAAUUUUAAGUGACAUCUGCCCCCAUUUCCUCUUGGGUCUUCUUGAUGCAGGGAAGGCAUAUCUGCAUCGACAAGUGAGGCCAGAGGCCUGGCUGUCCAGCGGCCCCAGUCCCGGCCCUGGCCGUCUGCUGCUGGUGUGUCAUGUCUCCUGCUUCUACCCAAAGCCAGUGUGGGUGAUGUGGAUGCGGGGUGAGCAGGAGCAGCCGGGCACCCAGCAAGGUGACAUCCUGCCUCAGGCCGACGGGACCUGGUAUCUUCAGGUCUCCUUGGAUGUGGAAGCCAAGGAAGUGGCCGGCCUGUCUUGCCGAGUGAGACACAGCAGUCUAGGAGGCCAGGACUUGGUCCUCUACUGGGAGCAGCACCGCCCCGUGGGCUGGGCCUUCCUGGCGGUGAUGGUGCCCUUGGUGCUUCUGGCUGGUCUUGCCUUCUGGGUCCGGAAGUGCUGGAAAUCACACUGGAGACCUCAGCACCCUGGCCUCCCUGUGGAGAGAGAUCCCAGCAGCCCAGGCUCCAGCACAUACUUAAACCCAGUUCAUUGGUGAUGGACUUGCAAGUCUCUGUGUGCAACUUUUGUCUUUCCUUUCUGCUCCACGAUCAGCUGUCAAUAUAAGCUGAGUAUAAUUUGGUGGGCCUUGUUGAUCUAACCUGAUUCUUAGACUUAAAUCUCUACAUUUUCUCAAAGUAAAAUGAAAUCUGAGUACCUCACUGGGUCACAGGCAUCAGAUGUCACUUGCUCCAGGGAGCCCUCCCUUAUUUACAGCUGGAAGCAGUCUCUGCCUGCUGAGAAUUUCCAGUGCCCACAGUUUGUCUUUGGAAAAUGUAUGACUCACUUCCCAACCCUUAUUGUCCCCAGUUAGGUCCCUUUUCCCUUCUAAUUCUUAGGCCUCUUGAGAGUGAAGUCCAUGUCUUUUUAAUAUUUGUAUCCUUGGCAAGGAAUCUCAGUUGAAUGGAAUAUGUUCUCAAUAAAAAUUUGUGUUGCGUUUAUGUCAA